GCGGAAGUCACAAGUAGCGUAGGUCAGAGCGGAACUGCGGCGGGACGCUACAAGUCAACACUCCAACACUCUGGUUCCGUGUUUUCAGUUCCUGUAGUCCUGUAGCUGUUUAUAAGCCAGAGGAAGAGUUCUGGGUUCCAGUUUUUAACUCCCGCCCGCCGCAGUUCGAUCGACAUGUUUCUCUUCAAGACUGUUCUGCUGGUUGUUCUGGUGGUCUGGAGAUGUUACGCAACUUUAGACCUGCAGGGUUACGAGUCUCGAGUCCGUGCCCAACUCGGCGGUACCGGCAGCUCUAGCUGGCAGCAGUACGAAACAGCCAUCAGGAUUCUACAGGCCGAGGCCAACAGCAGCCACACUAGUACCGGUACUGUGGAACUGCUGCAGGCUCAGGCAGAGAGCACAGGGUCGGAAAUCAACUGCCCAAUGCAGAACUCUCACACAGUUCCUACCUCAGUCCACCGCCUGCGGCCAGAAGAUGUGAAAGUUGUUGCAGCCAUCGGCGAUUCUCUCACGGCUGCGAGUGGAGCGAAGGCGAGAACUAUCAUCGGCCUUCUGACUAACUACCGAGGAGUGUCAUGGAGUAUUGGUGGUCAGGAGAGCCUGGAAACAUACACCACUCUGCCCAACAUCCUGAAGAAGUUUAACCCCCACAUCGUCGGGUUUGCUACCGGCAGCGGGGGGCCUGACAGUGACCACGCAAAGCUGGACAAGGCUGUAGCCGGCGCCGUGUCAGGGGAUAUGGUGGAACAGGCUCGCAAGCUGGUGGACAUCAUGAAGGCUUGCGAGCACAUUGACUUUGAGCAUGACUGGAAGGUUGUGACCUUGCUGAUCGGUGGGAAUGACCUCUGCGCCUACUGUGAGGACACGGAAAAAUGGAGUCCUAUAAAGUAUGUAGAAAACAUAAGAGCAGCGCUGGACAUUCUGCACCAGGAGUUGCCGAGGACGUUUGUAAACGUGGUGACCGUCAUGGACGUGGUGGAAAUCUCCAAGCUGCAGAGAACCUUCACCUGCGACGUGCUACACUUCUUCCUGUGCCGCUGUGUGAGUUAUGCCAGUGAAGAGGCUCUAGCCGAGCUGCAGGCAGCCAACAUGCGCUACAUGUCCGUGACCAAUCGGCUGGUAGCUAGCGGUCGUUAUGACGACCGGGAUGACUUCACCGUGGUGGUCCAGCCCUUCCUGCAGGAGACAAAGCUGCCCAGGACGGAGACCGGAGAGUAUGACAGGUCCUACUUUGCCCCUGACUGUUUCCACUUCAGUCUGAAGGCUCACGCCGCGGCUGCAUCAGCCCUCUGGAACAACAUGCUGGAGCCUGUAGGAUCCAAGCGGACAGACUGGCAUGUGGGAGAACCGCUCGAGUGCCCAACGGAGGAUCGCCCGUAUUUUGCGACAGCCAAGAACAGCCACUCUUCCCUGAGCAGCGCUGGUCCGGGUUUGGGGGUCAAGACAUUCGACUCCUUCCAGAAGACGUCUCAAGACACGGACAAGCCCGCGGGACGUAGCCAGCCCGCGGCCGGGCCCACGGCGAUGAUCGUAGUCGGCUGCGUUCUUCUCGUGUUCGCUGCCGUCGGCGCCGCAGUUUUCAUCCUACGCAGGCGCAGAAAGGUCAAGGGUCGGGAGGCUCAACCUCUGCUGCAGGAGUCAACCGACAUGGCGACUGUGCUGACCAGAAGUGUGUCUGUCUAACUCUAUCAUAUCCAGAAAAGGGUCUGUCUAAUUUUCUAUCCAGAACUGUGUCUGCAACUAGACAUGUCUAGUUCUAUGCCUGAUCAGGCAGGGUUCUGGAUAGUCUCCGCUUGUCCAAGAAGAUAGAUUUGCCCCAGGCACGGUUCUGGAUACAUGAGGACUAUCCAGAACCUUGUCUGUCUAGUUCUAUGCCUGAAUGAGUUAGGGUUAUGAUCAGACAUGGUUCUAGAUAGUCUCUAUUCAGUACCCAGAACUGUGCCUAUCUAGUUCUAUGCCUGAAUGGGUUAGGGUUAGGAUCAGGCACGGGUCUGGAUAGUCUCUAGUGUACCCAGAACCGUGCCUGUCUAGUUCUAUGCCUGAAUGAGUUAGGAUUAAGAUCAGACACGGUUUUGGAUAGUCUCCAUGUAUCCAAGACCAUAGAUUUUCCCCAGACACUGUUCUGGAUACGCAAUAGACUAUCCAGAACCGUGCCUGAGCAAGGCUCUGGAUAAAGCAUGAUUCUGGAGCAAUCCCAGGUGCUGCUCUGGUUUUGUCCAAAGUGUGAUCAUAGUUUACGAAUUCUGGAUUCUGUCUCGCCAAACCAAACUAAUGUGAUGUUGACUUUUUUUUACUUGAAAAGACGAUUCAAAUUCUGACCUGGAAGAUGAGCAUGAGAACAGAGACUGAGGGGAAAGUCUGCAUUUUCAUGGAGUGAAUAAUUAUAAGUCAUGCAGGUUUUCCUCCCAGCCCUGUUCUCAUCCUGGCCUUUCUAGGCUCUUACUUUAAAAAUUCCUGAGUUCUAUGUAUAAAUGGUUUGGGUUCACAGGAAGGACCACGGGAAGAAUAGCUGCAAUACAAUUUUGUAAGCUAAGUGUGGAUCCCAAGAUCCCAAUAAAUUCAAGUCAAGAAACCCUAGAGUUUUUAAGGAGAAAAAAUGCUGCAAUGUACAAAUUGUACCCUGAACAGGGGUUGGAUGUAUGGAUUUAUGGUACAGGUGAUCUAACGUUACAUAUCUUCUAAACUAACUUUUAUUAGAAAUCUUGAACAUGUCACAAAGAUGUGCAAUAGAGAGUUGUGAAAACGAAUGACUUUUAUUGUUUUGUUACCUGUUUGCUUUCAAAUUGAUGAAUGGUAUUUAACAAAAACUUCUCAGGAAUCUUGGAAUCUUGCCAGUGUCUGUGAAGUCUGGAUGCUAAAUGUGAUGAUCGCAAUUUUGCCUUUUUUCUCAAAACUGUUGCAAUGUUGGAAAUUCAACAGGUUAAACAUACCGCUUGUAGUGUUGUUGUUGUCGCACUAUAUUUUAGUAGUGCUCCUCAACAGUCUAAUGCUUUUAGCUUGCCAGUUGCUUAGUGCUUUUACGUUUUAUAGUUAUGCAAGUUUACUGGGAUUCAGUGAUUUAAGUUAAACAUUAGAGGAUGUGACGCUGUAAUGUUUCCUGUCUUAUGAUGGAAUUUGAUUCCUCAGGUUUUAUGUGGUAGUUUUUUUUUCAGAUUUUGGUGACAAUAUUUAAUGUUUAAAUGUGUAAAUUUUUGAUGUUAUGAUAACAUUUCUAUUCAGAUACAAAUUUAGGAAAAAUUCAAGUCAGCGGACAUUGUUUUCUCAAAAUGGAGCAUAUCAAGUGCCCGUGGCUGUCAUAUAUGGGAGAAAGACAAUAAUAUAACUCACCAAUGUUUUGAAAACUGAAUACCCUCUGAUGCAGAAAAUUUGAUCUUUUGAUUUGCCACCUGUUUAUGUCUGUAAGUUACCUGCAAUGCGCAUCAAUGCAACAUGUUUGGAGAAUUUCUGGACUAUUCUGAAUUUUGUUAUUGGAAUAUGAUAUUUUAUCAAUAAGCCACAGUUUGACAAUCAAAUGUGUUUUUAAAAUGUUCAAACCGAUCCAAAAUUUUGCAUAUUAAAAGUUUAAGAUGUAUAACAUCCGUGUCCAUAAUAUCACCACCUUGAGAAACAGUGUGCUUAAAGAUAUUUCUACUGCAACAUACCCUAGGUAUGU